AUGGAAAGACGGAAGGAGCAAAAGCGAGAAAUCUACCAAAAAUUCAAAGAAAGCCGGCACAGCGUCUAUAUGCUCUUCAACACGUCAGAGCUCCGGCAAGCAGUGCCCAAGCCGGUGUUGCUGUACCAGGCAGAGCUGCGCCUGCAAGUGCUCAAGACACAGCAAGAGCAGGUCGUGGAGCUGUACCAGAAAUGCAGCAAUGAUUCCUGGCACUACCACAGGAGCCGGAAGCUGACACCCAGUGACAGAGAUGAGUGGUUGUCAUUUACUGUCACCAGGAUUGUGCGGCAGUGGCUGAGAGGUGGGGAGGAGAUAGAGGGCUUCCGCCUCAGCGCCCGGAGGUCCAGUGACAACACAGAUAAUGUCCUCCACGUGGACAUCAACGGGAUCAGUUCUGGCCGCCAAGGUGACAACGCCAACAUUGAGAGAAUGAACCGGCCCUUCUUGCUCCUCUGGGCCACCCCCCUGGAACGGGAGCAGUUGCUACACAGUGCCCAGCUCAGCUGAGUCCUGGACACCAACUACUGCUUCAGCUCCCUGCUGAUGGGCUAGGGAAGCAGCAGCAGAUGGCCCAAGGGAGAUCUGGAUGAAGCUCCUGGCUCAAACCUUGCCCAGCUCUG